AUGGAAGAAGAAAAUGGUUAUGAAAAUGGAAAUGCUGAAAGACUUCAAAUUAAGCAAGAAAUUAAGGCUGAACUUUCCGAGGCUUUUAUGGAAGAAAAUGAAACUUUAGAUCGUUCUAAUGUCAAAUAUGAGAUCGAGGAAAAAACAUUUAAGGAAGAUAGAGGUAAAGAAGAAAAGGUAAAAGAGACAAAAGAUGAAAAAAGAGAAAAACAUCGUGAUGGCAAAAAGGACAAGGAUCGGGAAAAGGAUAAGGAUCGAAAAAAGAGAAGUAAACGAUCAUCUCGUGAUAGAAGCCGCUCUCGAGAACGUGAAAGGAAACGAUCAAGAGAGCGAAAAAGGACCAGAUCGCGUUCGCCACGCGAUCGUGACAGAGACCGUGAACGUGAUCGAGAACGUUACCGUCCUGAGCGUGAACGGACUCCUGAACGUGAAAGACGUCCACCACUUAAAUACAAAUAUUGGGAUGUCCCACCUUCUGGCUAUGAACAUAUGUCACCAAAGGAAUAUAAGGAACUUCAAGCGACAGGAGUGAUUCCCCGACAAACUGUGCAGUCAGCAGUGCCGGUUGUUGGUCCAUCGGUGACUUGCCAAGCUAGGCGUCUUUAUGUGGGUAAUAUACCUUUUGGUUCAAACGAGGAUACAAUGCUCGACUUUUUCAACCAACAAAUGCAUUUGUGUGGCCUGGCUCAGGCCCCAGGAAAUCCUGUAAUUGCUUGUCAAAUAAAUUUGGACAAAAAUUUUGCAUUCAUCGAAUUCCGUUCUAUCGACGAAACAACUGCUGGAAUGGCAUUUGACGGUGUCAAUUUUAUGGGCCAACAGCUUAAGAUCCGUCGUCCACGUGAUUAUGUAGCACCAGCAAAUAAUUAUGAAAUGUUGGGAUCUUUACCAGUCUCUGCUGUUGUCGUUGAUAGCCCAUACAAAUUGUUUAUUGGAGGUCUCCCAAAUCAUUUAACUUCUGACCAAGUAAAAGAAUUGUUGAGUGCUUUUGGGCAAUUAAAAGCUUUUAAUUUGGUUAUGGAUUCGGUUACAGGAUUUUCUAAGGGUUAUGCAUUUUGUGAAUAUUUGGAUAGCACACUGACUGAUCAAGCAAUAGUUGGUCUAAAUGGAAUGCAAUUGGGAGACAACCGUCUUUUAGUUCAACUUGCAUCGACUGGGUGUAAAACAGUUGUUCCUACUCCUGGAAUUCCAUCAAAUCCAAUAGCUUUGGCUGGAAUUGAUCUUUCAAAAGGAGCUGGUCCUCCAACCGAGGUUUUGUGUUUAAUGAAUUUGGUUGUUGAGGAAGAAUUGCAAAAAGAUGAUGAAUAUGAAGAAAUUUUGGAGGACAUUCGAGAUGAAUGUAACAAAUAUGGAAAUGUUAUUAGCUUAGAAAUACCUCGUCCAGGAUAUGAAGAACGUGGCGUUGGAAAGGUCUUUGUUGAGUUCCAAUCAAAAGAAGAAUGUCAAAAGGCACAGGCAGCAUUGACUGGACGCAAAUUUUCCAAUCGUGUUGUUGUGACCAGCUACUACGAUCCGGAUCUUUAUCACAGACGACAAUUUUGAAGAGGAUUUGGGGUUUUAAAGUAUAUAACAUUUUCAUUAAACCUACCCAUUUUAAUGAAUAUACAAAUUGCUAUUUUGAUUUAAAUAAUAAAUGUUUUUUG